AUGAAUUACCAAUCUUCUCUGCGUUCCCUGCAAGAUUCUGAUUUAUUAUUGUUUACAGAAGUUAUUCGAGCAUCAAACAAUGAAAACAUAACUUUACUUUUAUUUGAUGAACAAAUGGACUUAAAAUUGAAAGAAUUCUUACUACAAGAACUUCAUAUCCAUAAUGUUUCAAUCUGUACAACAAAAGUUGCUUCCCUUGAUGCGAUCGAUGAACUGGACAGUACAGGCAUUGUUAUUUUAUCUGGUCAAUGUGCUAAAGAAGAUGUACUUUUAUCACUACAAAAAAAUAAUCAAGUUCAUUCAGUUCACAUAUUUUGUAUAAAUGAAACAAAUUAUAAAUAUUUAUCUAGUGCAUAUUCAAAAUUAUCAAUGGGUGGUAUUCAUACAACAUAUGAAUCAUUAUUUCAGGCUAUUAAAAUGACUAUACAUACAUUAAUACACGAACUAACAACAUUUAGUUUAUUUAAUCAAACAGAAAAAUCAGCUCGUGAUUUAACAAAUGAAACAUUACCAAAUUUGUUAUGGUAUCAAUUGUUCCGAGAUUAUUUAAUGAAAACAACUAAAACCGAAGAAUCAAAGCAAGAAAUGCUGGAAAAAUGUCGUCUGAUUUAUAAAAAUGAUCCACGUGAAUUAACUAAAAUUGAUGAAUUCGAACGAACCUAUGAAUCAUCGAAAGCAAUCAUGUGGUAUACAAAAGAUACAUUUUUAUUUCGUUUAAUAAAUCGAGCAUUAAGAACUGAAGAUCUUGAAGGACAAAAAUUAUCACAACAUGAAAUUGAUAAAUUAAAAAAUAAUAGUGUUGGACAACUGAUAUCAGCAAAUGGUUUUCUAUCAACAAGUUGGUCACCAGAUGUUGCAAAAAUGUUUGCAACAAAUGUUAUUUAUGAAAUUAAAAUUGGUACACAGUUUGAUGAAUUAGCUAUAUUUGCUGACAUUUCUAGAUAUAGUACUAAACCUGGUGAAGAAGAAGUUUUAUUUGAUUUAGGUACAACAUUUAAGAUAAUGAAUGUUCAGUAUGAUACAAACUUUAAUCUAUGGAAAGUAUCUUUGAGCGUUGCAAAUUAUAAAGAUUAUUUUGCAAUUAAUAGUUAUAUUAAAACACAACAAGAUAAUUUGAAUAAAAGAACAAAUACAGAUCAAUCAUUUGGUAUGUUGCUCAUAGAAUUAGCACAAUAUUGUAAAGCAAUUGAUUAUUUUCAAAAACAACAACAACAAAACAAAACACAUUUUAUAUUAUAUGGUUUAUCAAUGGCUUAUUUAGGUGCUGAUCAACUUGAUUUAGCUCUUACAACUGGUUGGCAAGCAUAUCACAUGUGGAAAGAGAAACAAAUGAUAGAUAACUUUCAAUUUGGAUGCAAUGUAAUAAAUUUAUUAAGUGUUAUUUAUCAAAAACAAGAUAAUUUUGAUCGUUCACUUGAAUUAUUAACAAUAGCAUUACGAUAUACACCGAAUGAUGAUUAUUUACAAAUAUCGAAAUUACAACAUAAUAUCGGACGUCUUUAUGGUAGAAACGGUUAUUAUAAUCUAGCAUUAAAACAAUAUGAACAAGCAUUUGAAUUUCAAAAAAAUGGAAUAGUGGAUUUAUCACAACUAGCCCUGAUUUAUGAAGAUGUUGGUAAUAUUUAUUUUCAUUGGACGAAUUAUGUUAAAAUGUUAGAAUAUUCACAAGCAGCAUUUAAUAUAUAUGAAAAAAUUUAUCCAUCUAAUCAUUCAUCUAUAGCAAAUAUUUCUAUUCGUCUUGGUAAUAUUUAUAGUUUAAAUAAGCAAUACGAUUUAGGCAUAACAUAUUUAACAAAAGCAAUAGAAAUUGAUGAAAAAAGUUUCUGGUCAAAACGGUAUCUUGCUCGCGUCGGACAAUCAUAUUUUGGUAUUGCUGCGUGUUAUGAACGAAUGCUAGAAUUGGAUAAAUCAUUUGAUAAUUAUCAGAAAUCAUUGACUAUAUAUAAAACAUAUUCAAAACAUGUUGAAAAUUCUGAUUUUCUUUCUGUUUAUAACAGGAUCGGGAAAUUGUUAGCUGCUAAAGGUCUGUUUGAUUUGGCUCGUGAACAGUUUCAAUCGGCAUUAAAUUAUGCUACGGAAGAUCAAAAUAAAGAAGAGAUUGAAAAAAUCAAUACAAAUAUUGCAAUUUGUUAUUUUAAACAACGAGAUUUCGGUAAUUCUCUUGUUUAUUUUCAUAGAACAUUAGAUAUAUACGAAAAUUCAAUACCAGAUACUAUUUCAGAAGCAUAUUUAUAUGCAUUAUAUUGUGUUGGGCAAAUAUAUAAAGAAAAAAAGGAACUUAACCUAUUUGUCAAAUAUUCUAAUAAAUGGUUGUUGUUGGUAAUACAUAGUCAAAUGACUGGUGGAGAAUCAGAAAAAAUUUAUGACCUUGCAUUGUUGUAUCAGAAUUUAAAUGAGUAUGAUCGAGCUAUCGAGCAUUAUGAAAAAUAUUUAAAUUCCAACACCACAGAUUAUUUUCAAAAAGCAAUUACAGCGAAAGACCAUGAGCUUUUAAACAAUAACGGCAGCGAUCAAGCAACUACUACAGCUGAUUUCUACAACGAUAUUGGAUGGUAUAGUUGUAAGUCGGGCAGUUAUACUGACGCUUUGACAUAUUGUUUAAAAUCAAAGAAUUUAUAUGAAGAAUGUAACAGAGUACAUGAAGAAGGAUAUGGUAAUGUACUUAGUAGUCUUGGUGUUGUUUAUUAUAAAAUUGGUAAUAAACAUCAAGCGCGUGAAUAUUGUUUAAGAUCAAUAAGAAUCAUGUCAACAACACAACAUCCAGCUAUGAAAGAAAAUUAUAAAAUAUUAGCGAAUACGACGAUGGUUCAAUCAAGAGGGCCUUGGAAAAAGUUAUUAAUAACAAUUGGUUUGUUGACUAGCAUUGUUUUUAUAAAGUUUGCAAAAAACAGAAAACUUAACUGA